GUUCACAACAGCAGAGUGUGUGACGGGAGUGUGUAUUCAUGCCCAAGAGCCCUCAGUCUGUUCUUCCCAAAUGAGGAGGAGAUCCACAUCUCUGGAUAUCAGGUCCACCAGGGAGGCCGCAGAUUGAGUCUGCCUCAGACUAUAGGAGGUGUGUUCAUUGAGCGACUGGCCGAUUACCUGCUGGUGAAGAGUGUGUUUGGCUUCUCUUUGGCCUGGGAUGGAGGUUCAGGUGUGUAUCUGAAGAUGAGCGAGGAGCACCAGGGUUCCCCCUGUGGCCUGUGUGGGAACUUCAACCACAUUGCUGGUGAUGACCUCACCACUUCCCGUGGUCUUGGGACAGUCGAGCCUUCAUUGUUUGCUAACAGCUGGGCAGUGGACCUGCCUCAUGAGAGAGCCUGUCCAUCAGUAGAUAUUGACUUUAACGGGCCCUGCCAUUCUGAGUCAGACAUGGACGAUGCCAUAGAGAAAUGCAGUGCACUUCUCUUCUUCCCAUUUCUGUCCUGUCAUGAAAACAUAGACCCAAAUCCCUUUGUUGCCAGCUGUGUGUCUGACCUCUGCCUAUCUGAUGAUGAGGAAACAUUUUGUCGAGCCUUGGUUGAGUACACUCGAGCCUGCUCACACGUUGGCUAUCCAGUGAGAGAGUGGAGGGACAGCUUCCCUUCUUGCUAUGACGGCUGUGAGGAGAGUUUUGUCUAUAGAGACUGUAUCAGUUGCUGUCCACCCACCUGUACAUUUGAGAAAGAUUGUCUGGGAACCAACCUGCAUUGUCUGGAUGGCUGCUACUGCCCUGAUGGUCUUAUUCUACAAAAUGGAACAUGUAUCGCUGUUUCUCAAUGUCCAUGCGUUUACCAUGGGACAUCAUACGUACAAGGACAUGUGCUAAGAGAAGGAUGCAGUGUGUGUGUGUGCGUGGGAGGAGUGUGGAACUGCACUGAGAACAACUGCACAGCCGAGUGUUCAGUGGUAGGUGACGUGUAUGUGACGACAUUCGACGGCAGGAUUUUUCUCCAGCCGAGGGCGUGUCAGUACGUCCUGGCAAAGAGCCGCAGCAGCAGCAGCAGAUUCACCGUCACAUUGCAGUACACAACCUGUGCAGAGCAGCAGGUGUGUAUUCAGUCAGUCACGGUGGUGUUGGAUGAAGAUGUGACCCAUCAGAUCACUUUGACCAGAGAGGGGGAGGUGAUAAUUGGUAUAAACCCUGGGCCUGUACUGCCCUAUGUGGACGAUGCAGUGGAAGUGCGGAAGUUGACCUCUGUGUUUACUCAGCUGAAGGCCGCAAUUGGUUUGAGGCUGCUUUAUGAUGGUCGAGGUGGGCGGGUCUACCUGCAGCUGGAAAGCCAGUGGCGUGGACAGACACAGGGUCUUUGUGGUACCUUCAAUGGAAAUCUACGAGAUGACUUCCUGUCUCCAGCUGGUAUGAUAGAGGGCACUCCUCAGCUUCAUGCCAAUGCUUGGAAGGUUUCAUCUGCUUGUGUCGCACCAGUCAACCUUCCAGUCAUAGACCCAUGUGAGAUGAACCAGCGCAAUGCCUUCUAUGCAUCCCAGUGUGAUGUGCUCUUGGGGAGUGUGUUUGCACCGUGUCAUAGCCACAUAAGUCCAAAUGUCUACCAGCAGCAGUGCCGCUACCAGGCCUGUCGUUGUGGGAGCAGCUGUUUGUGCACAGCACUGGCUCACUAUGCUUACCUCUGCUCUAAACACAGAGUCGACAUUGAUUUCAGAACACAAGUCUCCGAAUGUGGCGUUGUGUGUCUUGGAGGCAUGUUGUACCACUCUUGUGUGUCGUCUUGUGGGCGUUCUUGUCGUGCUCUGUCGGACACUGAGACUUGUAACCCCGCCGACUGUGCCGAGGGGUGUGGCUGUCCAGACGGUAGUUUCCAUGACGAUGUCCGCCAGCGUUGUGUACAACUGUCUCAGUGUCACUGUUACUCCAUGGGUGGUGUGUCACAGCCAGGGGAGGUGACUUUCAGCGCCUUGGGCCCCUGCCUGUGCAGAAAUGGGAAGAUGGAGUGUGUGCCAGAGGAAAAAGAGCCAGAUAGUGUAGAGGUCGGGGAGUGUCCAGAGGGAAAAGUGUACCACAGCUGCACCGAGCAGAGGGGAGGUGUGGCCUGUGCACCGACCUGCCGUAACCUGAUGUUGAACCUUACCUGUGCUCCCAGCACACCAUGCAUCCCUGGCUGUGUCUGUCCUCCUGGGCUGGUGCUGCACCACGGAGAGUGUUACUACCCAGAGAACUGCCCCUGUGCCUGGAUGGGCCUUGAAUAUCUGCCAGGAGAAGCUGUGGAAACAUCAUGUUACAAAUGCGUUUGUCACCGGGGCUUUUUCAACUGCAGCUACUCACCUUGUCCAGCUGUUUGUACCGUCUACAGCGACAGACACUACCACACCUUUGAUGGCCUAGAAUACGACUACCACUCUGAUUGUCAAGUCUACCUGCUCAAAAGUGCAGGAGAAACCGAGGUGUCCAUUGUUGCUCAAAACAAAGACUGCUAUGAGAGCGGCAUUGUUUGCAUGAAAAUACUGGUCAUUCAUGUGGGACUCACCAAGAUCUACUUCACUGACAACUCUGGGAACCCUAGCCCGUCCACGGUUGUAGGUCGGGGGUCAGAGUUUGAGAUUUGGAAAGCAGGCUACUACACUGUUGUCCACUUCUCGCAACAAGACCUGACCAUCCUCUGGGAUCGCAAGACAACCGUCCACAUCAGAGCUGGUCCUCAAUGGAAGGGCCAUCUCAGUGGGCUGUGUGGCAACUUCGACAGUGUGACAGUGAAUGACAUGACCACCUCUAGCCACAUGGAAGUCAAUAAUGCACAGACCUUUGGAGACAGCUGGGCCCUGGGACAGUGUGAAAGUGACUACGUAAUUGAGCGACCAUGUGAAGGGGACUUAGGCAGACAGCCAUACGCCAAGAGGGAAUGUGCUCUCCUCUACAGUGAUGUGUUUGCACCUUGUCACAAUGUGGUGGAUGUCGCCUGGUUCUAUAGAAACUGCCUGACAGACACCUGCAAUUGUAAUCGUGGGGGAGACUGUGAGUGUCUCUGUACGUCCAUUGCUGCAUAUGCACACAAGUGCUGUCAACAGGGGAUCACAAUACACUGGAGGUCGCCCUCUGUCUGUCCCUAUGAUUGUGAAUAUUAUAAUCAAGAGCUAGGAGAUGGCCCAUUUUCUUUGGUGAGUGCUGUUUAUAAUGACACAAUGUUGGGAGUAAAUCGCAGCAGCAGUUCAGUGUUUCCUCUGGUGAGAGAGCGACCGGGGCAGUUGCCUGCCCCAGGACUACUGUUCAACUUCAUGAUCACAGCAGGCCUGCAGAAGGACAGAACAUCACGUGUCCCAAUGGUGUCGCUGGAGUCUGCGGAGAGACCAAACUACUUCCUUGUUGCGUCGGGGCGCAGCCAUCUGCAGUUGGAGCAUUGGAGCCGAGGUGCCGAGUUUAGUCACAGGGCUACGUUUAUCCAGCAUCAGGGGCUGUUUCUGCCUGGUCACACCUCAUUCGAGCUAGUCGGCCAACCCGGAAUCUUCCUGACGCUGACGCGAACUGCUGCCCGAGCGCAGAAAUACGACAGCUCAGAGGGCUUCAAGUCCAGCAGCAGCUUCACACUGGAGGAGAGCAGUUUUGUGAUACCUUAUCGUAUGAUGUGUGAGUGGCGCUACCAGGCCUGCGCAAACCCAUGUGUCCACACAUGCAUUGACCCGGAUGCAACACGCUGCCAAUUCCUGCCACCUGUGGAGGGCUGCUUCCCAAGAUGUCCCAAGAAUAUGAUCCUUGAUGAAGUCACUAGACGAUGUGUCUACACAGAGGACUGUGUGUCUCUUCCUCCGACUCCAACGCCCUUUGCAUUUGUGACACGGUCAAACAGGACUACUGCAGCACCGACAACAACUGAAACCACUACAACCACUUCCACUACCACACGUCUUACAACCACAACUCCUACUACCACCACCACACCAACCACUACUACCACCAGAACAACAACUACCUCUGUCACUACCGUCCAGCCCACAACAACAACAACCACUACUCCUACUACACCAUCGGCCAUCGAGCUGGUCACCACUCCCCACAUUACUACUGCUCCUUCCACCACUACUGUUUCUACUACUCUCCUUUCCUCCGUCCCGUCUGAGACAUCCACUAUCAGCAAGAUGGAAGUGACCCCACCCGAAACCACAGGUGUCACUACAACAGUGAGCACAGCAACACCCUCCUCCAGGGCUAUUACAGAACCCUUUACUACUCCCCCUCCAUCCCCAACUACUCCUGCCUCCACUACCUCACCCACCACUCCUCCAUCCACCACAGUGUCAACAUCACCAGCGACCACAACCCCACCUUCUCUUACCUCCCCCUCCACACAGCCACCACCCACCACAGCCGACACGGCUGCCACCUCUUCUGUCCCCGCAACCACAACUACUCCUCCACCUUCAACAACGGACACAACCAUGACCGUAGAGACCACCACUUCAGCGGAGUCUUCAACAGUUGGGACAACGACGGCGACGCCUUCUACAACCGUGGCGGCCACUACUGUGCCGUUAACCACAGAAAUAAUCUCGAGCCCGUACACCUCUCCUGUAACACAAGAAGCAUCAACCACACAUCCUUUUCUUUUGCCGAGCACUUCCUGCACAUCUCCCUUUUCCUACCGCAUCGAUGACUGCGCCGAGCUGUUUUGUUUCAAUGGAGAGCUGCUGCUUCACAACUCCUCUCUGCACUGUCGCUACAAUACCACCCCGCCCCAGUGCAGUCUGCUGGGCCUCCCUGUCCUCAUCAACACAGACCCCUGCUGUCCACAGUGGCAGUGCCCCUGUCGCUGCACUAUGAUGUCAGACCUGCGUGUUAUUACGUUUGAUGGCAACAAUGUGGCCUUGUAUGACAACGGCUCCUACAUCUUGGUUAACCUGCCCAGAGAGACUAUUAUUGGCACAGUGGAGAAAUGUCCUACCAGCCAGAGUGUCAACUCAAUCAGAAGAACUAGUCCUACAGGUGGAACUUCUGGUCUGUGUUUCAAGAAGCUGAAUAUUACAACCUCCUCCUACAGAAUCAUCAUCAACCGUCUGGAUCGCAAGGUGACCGUAAACUACAGACCUGCCAGACUUCCGUUCUCCCGCCAUGCUCUUUAUGUGGAAGACACAGGUAGCAUGUACCUGAUCAACACACCUGGAGGGGUCAGCAUACAAUGGUACCACAGCACUGGCAUCAUGGUGUUGCAGUACAUUACUUCUUACAACUUAUCCGUGCCCACUCGAGGCCUGUGCGGCUGUUGUGAUGGGAACCCAGAGGACGACCUGAAGCUGCCCAAUGGCACAGUGGUCAGAGAGGUGGGAGACAUGGUGCUCUUUCUGCAGGCUUGGAGAGUCCACACUACAGAUGAAUCUGAACAUACUCGCAGGGUUGGAGAUAACUGCACCACUGGGGACUGCUCUUUAUGUCUGUCCAUGCUUCGUCAGAGGGCCUUCACACCAUGCCACAGCAAGGUCCCUCCGGAGCAGUUCUGCGACAUCAUGUGGGCAGGGGACUUGCACUACAAGGAUCAUCAGUGUGACUUUCUGGCAGCAUACGUGGCGGUCUGCUACACACAUCAAGUCUGCAUCAGCUGGAGACGACAUAACUUCUGCCCAUUGCGGUGUCCCCCCGGUAAGGAAUAUCAGCCAUGUGUGAGCACCUGCACCAGUCGCACCUGUCUGAACAGAGAGUACUACGAGGAGACAACCUGCUCCUUCAUCAGAGAGGAGUGUGUGUGCCGCAGUGGUACCAUCCUGCACCGAGCUGACUCCCCGUACUGUGUAACUGAGGAUCGAUGUGUGUGUACAGAUAACGAAGGUAACCCUCGAGCCCCGGGUGAAGUCUGGAAUGGCUCUGCACGCAGCUGCUGUCUGUACAAGUGUAUGGAGAAUGGCUCCGUGUUGGCCGUCGAGCCAGACUGCCACUCUGUCCCGACGCCUCUGUGUGAGAGGGAGGGAGAGUACGUGCUGGAUGUGCUGGAAGAAGGAGUCUGCUGCCCAAAGAAGAUCUGCGAGUGUAACAUGACCAUCUGUGACAGUGAAGCUCCACCUUGUGAUAAUGGGAACAGGCUAGUGAUUGGUUACAGCGCUCUGUCCUGCUGCCCAGAGUACAGAUGUGAGUGUGACCCCAUGGCAUGCCCUCCUGUGUACGCCCCCCACUGCGGGGAGGAUCAGUUCCUAGUGGAGGUGAGGGGGGAGAAAUCCUGCUGCUACUCUUACCUGUGUGUGUGUGAAUCAUGUCUUGAACCCGUCCCUUCCUGUUCGAAUGGAGAAAUUCUGGCUGUGGAUCUCAACACCACAAACAGCUGCUGUCCACAGUACCAUUGUGUGUGUGAUGUCAACCUGUGCCCUGAAACCUACGUGAGCUGUGCACCUGGUCUCUCUUUGAUUCAAACUACUGUCCCCGGUCAUUGCUGCCCACAGCACCACUGUGAAUGCCAGUGCGAGGACAGAACCCUCCCGAUCUGUCAGGUGGGGGAGGUGCUGGUUGAGGCUUCAGACAGCAUCACCAACUGUGGCUGUCCUCAGCACACGUGCCAGAAAGCAGAGGUGUGUCUUUUCCAAGGUGUAACAGUACUGGGCCCUGGCCAGUCUCUGGUUCAGUACCUUGAGGGAGAGAUGUGUUACACUGUCCAGUGUCUUCAUCACAGAGAUCCAGACUCUGGCUUCUACGCCAUGGAAAUUACCUCUGUCAACUGCACCCAAAAAUGUGGACCACACCAGGUGUACAUGCAGUCCACCGACCCGCAGGUGUGCUGUGGCUCCUGCAAAAAUGUUUCCUGUACUUUCACAAAUGAAAACGGGACAACAGAGCUUUUCGCUUCAGGGAGUUCCUGGGUGGAGAACUGCACACGUUAUGACUGUAUGGAAACAGCAGUGGGAGCGGUGAUUCUUGCCUCUGGGGUGGUCUGCCCACCUUUCAAUGACACUGAGUGUGUACAGAAUGGCGGUGUUGUUCAAAGCUAUGUGGACGGUUGCUGCAGGACAUGCAAAGAGGAUGGUAAGACAUGCAAACGUGUGGCCAUACGGACAACGAUCAGAAAAGAUGACUGCAGGAGCAAUGCACCGGUAACAGUCUAUUCUUGUGAUGGGAAAUGUCCGUCUGCCACCAUAUUCAAUUUCAACAUCAAUAGCCACGCCCGUUUCUGUAAGUGCUGCCGCGAGAGUGGACUACAAACCCGCUCCGUCACACUCUACUGCUCUCGCAACGCCACAGUCGUGGAAUACAACUUCCAGGAGCCCCUGGACUGUUCCUGCCAGUGGAACUAAAAUACAGUUUCCAGACAUGAAUAUGAAUGAGAGCAUAACAAAUGAAGAGAAGUGUAUGAAUAGGAGGUUACACGGUGGAGGAAAUCAGACUUAUACAGCACUGAAGGAGAGCAUUAAAACCAGCCAUGUUAAACAUUUAUUAUCAUUGUGUUUCACUUUACAACGCUGACCUGGGGUCAUAGUUGUAAUCAAAAGAUAUAAUUUAAGUGGGAGACUGUUUUAAAGUAGUUUUUGCACAGCUUUUUAGUGCUUUCAAGUGACGGUUCUAGUGUAUAUUAACAUUUGAUAUCAUGUUGAAACAGCAGUUGCUGCAUUUUUUAAGACUGCUGUUGGGUUUAAACAUUGUAUAUGCUUUUUGUCUUAGAGGAUAAAUUUAGCUUUUGUACAAAAGACAGUUAUGCAAUGCUUUUUUUCUUUUUAAAUGUGA